UCCUGCUCUCUUCUCAACCCAUUUCUCUCCUCCUCCUUUUGCCUCCUCAAGUUUGGUCUCCACUCUAGUGCAUCACCACAGAACCAUCAACUCCGGCCAAGCUUCUCCACUGAGAUGAUUUCAGCCGACCUCCUCCCUUGCUGGCAUCACUCCUCUUCCUCAGCCCCAUGAAGUCUCACGAUUCCUCCUCAUCUCCUCCCCCGAUUCAUCUCUUGAACCCUAAUUUCGUCAUCCCCAUCUAGCUGCACCAAAUUUGUGAGAGUUUGUCUCAGAUCGUGAGGUGUUCACCCCUUUCUUGAUUACCCUUGGUUGGCUGCAGCGGGAGCCACUGAUUUCGACCACAACUUUGAAAAAGAAAGUGAAGCAGUCCCUUGAUCCAUCCUUGAAAUGAAAACACUCCUAGCCAGCUUGAACAAUAUACAGUGGUGAAGUUCCAUAUAUAUCCAGUAAAGUUGAAAGCUCAACAUCUUCUCUGCAGCAACAGCCUUAGCUAAAAAAGCCAAAUAAUAGGUGGGAGAAGCCAAGGGCAUCUUUCUGCUUGUCAAGAGCCCAAAAAAAGGAAGUUAUGAAGUGGUUUGGUGAGAUCAAAUUUCCAGAUGGAUAUGCAGCAAACAUAAGGCGAGGUGUUAAUAUGGAACAACUCAAGAUACAUGGGCUAAAGAGCCAUGACUAUCACAUAUUCAUGGAGAGAUUGCUUCCUGUUAUGAUUCGAGGAUUUGUUGAUAGAGAUGUGUGGGAGGUAUUAGCUGAGCUAAGUUAUUUCUAUAGAAGGUUAUGUGCAAAAGAGAUCGAUCCUGCUCAAAUGCUUCAACUAGAAGCUAGUAUACCCGUUAUAAUAUGUAAAUUGGAGAAAAUCUUCUCUCCUGGGUUUUUCAAUUCAAUGGAACACUUAAUGGUACACCUUCCAUAUCAAGCUAUGGUGGGGGGCCCUGUGAAAUAUCAUUGGAUGUACCUAGUUGAGAGUUUCAUAAAAACACUUAAAAGAAAAGUUGGCAACAAGGCACGUGUUGAAGGUUCAAUAGCUGAGUCCUAUCUUGUGGAAGAAAUUUCACAUUUUACAUCGUUGUACUUGCCUGAACUAAUAGCUAGUACGCGCAACCGUCCUCAAUGUUAUGCCCAAAAUGGUGUUGCUUGUGGAAGUAGCUUGAGCUUGUUCCAAGUGAGAGGAUGGAAGUUUGGUCGAGGGAUGUCUAGGACUUUAACUAAUGAAGAAUACAAGACAGUAAUGAUUUAUAUAUUCUCAAAUAUGACUGAGAUGGAUAGUUUAAUCGAAAAAUUUGAAUCUGAACAAUGGAGGCGUGCAAGACCACCAAAUCAAAAGGAGCUGGACAAUCUAAGGAGAAAUGGAGCUAGUAGUGGAAAACCUAACCUGUUGGACUGGUUUAGAAAAUUGUGCUCUAAGGAUGCAAGCAUUAAUAAUGAGCUACGUCGCUUGUCACGGGGAUGUGCUUUGAGGGUCAAAUCAUAUGAUAUUUAUGAAGUAAAUGGGCACAGAUUUCGAUCUGAAAAAUAUGAAAAGUCCAAAGGAAAUCUAACUACAAUAAAUACAGGGGUGCUCGCUGCUGGGACUAAUGAUGCAAAUAACGAAGAACUUGAGUACUAUGGUAUUAUCAAAGAUAUAAUUGAGUUACGGUUUGAUGGUGAUAGUGAAUUUACACUUGUUUUGUUUGACUGUCAUUGGUUUCACCCUACCAAUGGAGUGCGUCAUUUAGAAAAUUUUGGAUUAGUUGAAGUUGCACAUGCUUCAUGUAAUCCAGCAAAUGAGCCUUUUGUACUUGCAAGCCAAGUGACGCAGGUGUAUUAUAUUCCAUAUGCAUGUAAAGAUGAUAGAACUCUUAAUGCAUGGUGGGUAGCUUACAAGGUUAGGCCACGAGGGAUCUUAUUUGUCCCCACAAUGGAUGAUUACAACGCUGAAGAUGACCCAUUGUCACGCCCGGAGUUUUAUGUUUACCAGGAAGAUGGUCUACAAGGUGAUUUAUUUGUAGACCUUGGACUUGGCCUGGAUAAUGUGACAAUUAUUAAUGACUUAGAUGAGGUUUGUGAUCCACGUGAGCUAUCAGUACUAAACAGAGGAGAAAGUACAUCUGCACCUAGAGGAGACAAUGGCUCUGAUAUACCUACAGAGGACAGUGAAUCUGAAUCUGAUACAGAUCAAUGUCCACAAAUCAGCAUUGAGCACUAUGAAGAGGAUAUUGAUGAUUUCUAA